AUGCUUCCCAUCUUACUCACCAUACUUUCCAUUGUGGCUAUAGCCAUUGCUGCACCACCUCAAACGACGACUGCUGGAUCGUUAUACUGGAUGACCAAUGACCCGUCUGGGAAUGUCCUGGUCACGGCUCCCAUAACUAGCAAUGGCACCGUCGGUAAGAUCAGUGCUCUCGCAACUGGUGGGCUCGGAGAACAUGGUAACUCGAUCGGCGUCGACUCUAUCUUCUCGCAAGGGCCAAUUGUGGUCCACGAGAAGACGGGUCGGCUCGCUGUGGUCAACCCCGGAUCCGACACUGUAUCGCUCUUCCAACUUUCUGCUAAUGCGGCCCCGCGAGCAAUCGGCAAGCCGGCGUCCACAGAUGGCGACUUCCCGACCUCAGCAGUGUUCAACAAUGCUGGUGAUGCUCUUUGCGUGAUGAAUGGUGGAGUCAACUCUCGUAUUCAAUGCUUCCACGUGAACAACGGUGGUCUCACGGCCUCGUCGAGUGUACCUUUCAAACUCUACAACCAAACCAGCAACCCUCCUCAAGGACCUUCUGGCUCAGCGGGUACCAUUCAGUUCACACCCGACGAGAAGUCCAUUGUCGUCACCACGAAGGGCGUCAUCGGCGAGCUUGACCAAUUCCCCGGCUUCCUCACUGUCUUCCCGGUCACUGCACCCGGUAUCGUGAGCAAUAAGCCCACGAUUGUCAACAUCCCGCCCCCGGCCGGCAUUGCCUUCUCGCUCACCGCUGUACCGAAUGCGAAGGCGUUCCUCGGCGCUGACCUCGCGACGGGCGCGAGCGUCUACGACUAUUCAAAGGGUUGGAACAAUGCUGUCGUCCGCGAGCUCCAGAUUCCCGGCGCUGUAGCGAACUGCUGGUCCUCAUACUCGUCGAAGACUGGAAACUACUACCUGUCUGACAUCGCCACCGAUUUCAUCAACGAAGUGACUGUUGGGAAGGACCUCACGCCCACUCUUGUUAAACAAUAUGACGUCGGGACGUUCGCCGGAGCGGACGAGUCGGUCGUUGCUGCCGUCGGGAAUACUCAGUUCUUGUACGUCCUCCUACAGAACGCUACCUCUGUGGCGGCACUGCGUCUCGAUGGACCGGGCAAGGCGUCCGUUGUACAGACGGUGGACUGGAAGACACCAGUGGAAGCGUUGGGACACCCCGUCGGCCAAUUCAAUAGCGCAGGCAUGGCGCUCUUCGCUAACAGAGCUUGA